AUGAGAGCAUCGCGUAUACAGCGACAAGACGCCAUUGCCAUUCAUCCAUCUCCGCACAAUGUCGCCCCUCAACAGGACAGCAGCCUCGAGGCUGUUCGCCAUCACAUCCAGACCCGCCUUCGCGCCCCGCACUGUCCGCCUCGCCAGUAACCAGACCUUCAAAGCUCCCAACUCCGCCGAGAUCGACAAGAUUCAAUCCCGCGAUGAGCCUCCUGCGCCCGUCCACUUGACCAAGGGAGAGACCAAGGGAAGCGAGCCCGCUGUCCAAAGUACCCCUAGCCACGCACCCAACUACGGUGCUGCCGUCGACUACAGAACCUCAUCCUUCUCUCCCGUCCCCAAGCGCGUCAUGGAUGGCAGCGAGCCCACCGAGACUGUCGCUGCUGCCGUCCUCUCUGGCGCUCCUAGCGAUCUUCAGGCCCGCACCGUCCGCAUCUUCCGUCCCACUAAGACUGCGACUCAAUCCGGAGACUGGAAUGCUCACCAUUGGCGCAUGGAUUGGGAUGUUCUCAGCAAGGGCCACCGCUGGGAGAACCCUCUGAUGGGCUGGCAAUCAUCUGCCGACUACAUGCAGGGCACUCAUCUCAGCUUCAAGUCAAAGGACGAUGCCAUCAACUUUGCCAACAAGCAAGGUUACGAAUACUUUGUCCAGGAACCCAACGAGCGCAAAAUCACCCCCAAGGCUUACGCCAACAACUUCAUGCACAGCCCAAAGAAGCUGAAGCAUAUCCGUACCAAGUAGAGCACACGGCGGACACCUCUGUACAUUUUCUUCCUUUUCCAAUACCAUGACAUC